UCAAUGCAUGUCCACUCGUACUGAGGUGUAAUGUAAAAAAAGUUUAUCAUUCUCUUGGAUAUUAUGUUGCAUGUCACUACCUGUUCGACACCCUUAAAAAACAUCUGAUGAUCUAGAUUGCUACUUUUUGGACCUUAAUUAUCAGGAGUAUUGGUGAAAGGUAUCGACUGCAAUAUCACGAAGCUUGCCGACUAUGGUUGAGAGGAAACAUUUGAAAUAACUUUUGUACGUUUCUAUACGACUGAUGGUGCUUUUCUUAACUUUGAUCAGUAGUCCUGUAAAUUACACUUUUUAUUAAUUCGUUUUUAAACGAGAUAACGAGGCUUUCUCAUGACUUGAAAGGAAUUCGUGACAGACAAAUUGUUUUUAUAAAACGGGAUUCAUUUAUACUAAAAAAAUAAAAAUGACGUCGGAGCCACUUACUCACUCGAUGAAGUUGCAGUACUUCCUCCUUUUGGUCUUGAUAACGAUGAUCCAACCUCUCCCCACCGGGAGCAGAGCCGUGGUCAACUGGCCACUCGUAGCCGGUGACUUGACAUCGAUGGAUGUCGAUGAUCACCGUCGGUUGAGGAGUGCUCCUAUGAUUCCGAUGUCGACGAUAAGAGCGACUACGAGUAAUGACGAUGAGGAGACCAGGGAUCCAUGGCAAAUCAAUCAAAAUUUAUGCCCACCAUCCCUUGCACAUUUAUGCAACAUCCAGCAUCGAACGCCAAACGGUGAAACUCAAAGCUCUUUCGUGACACCGUUUUUCGAGGGCGACAUUGUCCUGGACUGGGAACAGAGAAGAAACCUUGGGCUAGCCGGCAUGCUUUCGAGGUCGUCACAAUCUGGUUCUCGACAUCGCCCACGGCGUGCUAUCAUCAAAGGUCGUGAUCGUCGAUGGCCAGACGCCAUCAUACCGUACACCAUCGAUUCAGAUUUCAAUCAUGAAGCUGUUAAGCUGAUCAGAUCUGCCCUAAAACACUGGCAGCAGAAUACCUGUAUCAGAUUUGUCCACAAGGAAUCAUCUCAUCAAGAUUAUUUGAGAUUUGCUUACAUUCCAGGAUGCUGGUCGUUUAUUGGUCGACAAGGUGGAGAGCAGCUGCUAUCAAUGGGACCAGGUUGUAAUGUAUUCAACACCAUCGUUCAUGAACUCGGGCAUGCUAUCGGCUACUGGCAUGAACAGUCUCGUCAAGAUCGAGACCGGUACAUUCAGGUGGUCCAGCGGAACAUCGCCCAGGGUACCGAGGAAAACUUCAACAAGAUCGCCAUCGCCAACGUCACCUCGCAGGGUUUCCCCUACGACUUCGCCUCCAUCAUGCACUACUCCGCCAACGCCUUCAGCGUCAAUGGCAAACCUACUAUACGGAUGAAGAAGAGGUACCGUGACCUCCUUCCCGAGGUCAGUGCAAGCCUUGGCCGACCUAGCAACGGGUUGAGCGAGCUGGAUAUCGCCCAGACAAGAGGGAUGUAUGAGUGCAAUGUGAGAGCUGCCAAGAAACAGAAAAAAGGGCCCUGUAUCCAGAGCGAAAGUGGCGACGGAAGAGAAUACCGCGGGGACAUCGACUUCACCGAGACCGGUGUCACCUGUCAAAGAUGGACGUCGAAAUACCCACACGAACACGGCUUCCUAUCGGAGGACGAAGCCAGCAACGAGGGGAGGGGUAUCGGACAUCAUAAUUUCUGCCGGAACCCUGGGGGUCAGAGAUUGCGACCAUGGUGUUUCACUACGCUCGAGAGGACAAUCUGGGAGUACUGCGACAUCAAAAUUUGUCCAGCGUUGUAAUACAUGUACAUGAACUGACAUGGUACUUCAUAUUAAAAUGUUAGAGAAUUUGUUAUUAUUUUUUU